AUGGCGGGUGGUGCUGCCAUUAACGUAUUCAAGUUCAACACGGGUGGUUUGCCCAAGGAGACACUCAACUUCAAGCUAUGGUUCGCUGUCUUUGCAUUCGGUCUCAUGGGAGCCGCCCGUGGUGUAGAUGAGGGUCUUAUCACAGGUGUAUUCAAUUCCCACGCUUUCAAGCAAUCUCUCGGUAUUGACGACCUUGGGAAGACUGAGCUCGCUAGUGUCAAGGGUACUAUCUCCUCCAUGGUUCAACUCGGCAGUGUUGCCGGUGCUCUGUUUGCUUUCGUCGUCUGUGAUCGUAUCGGUCGUGUUUGGGCUACUCGUCAACUCUGCUGUCUAUGGAUUCUUGGUAUCGCCAUCUUUAUUGGAAACAACGGUAGUAUGGGUGCCGUUUACGCGGGUCGCUUCAUUGCUGGUCUUGGUAUUGGACAGACUUGUGUUGUCGGUCCCAUCUACCUUUCUGAAAUUUCUCCCGCUCCAAUUCGUGGCCUAUGCACUUGUAUGUUUACUGGUGCUGUCUACCUCGGUAUCAUGAUUGCCUACUUCGCCAACUGGGGUACUCAAAUACACAUGGCGGAUUCCUUCAACCGCUGGGCUGUUCCCACCUCGCUGCACCUCAUGUUUGCCGGCAUUAUCUUUAUUCUCACCUUCUUCCAGCUGGAGUCCCCCCGGUUUUACAUCAAGCAAGGCAAACGCGAGAAGGCCCUCCAAGUUCUAUGUAAGCUCCGUGGCCUACCCGCCACCCACCCGUACGUCCUCGAAGAAAUCACCGAAAUGGACUUCGCCUUCCAGGAAGAGAUGGAGGCCACGCGCGGCAUGGGCUGGAAGGGCCUCUUCAAAGAAAUUCUUGGCAUCAAACGCAAUGCUUAUCGUCUAUUCCUCACCAAUCUCGCUCAAAAUAUGGCCUGCUGGUCUGGUGGCUCCGCUAUUACCGUGUACGCCCCGGAUCUGUUUACACUCGUCGGCAUCACUGGCCAAGAGCAGUCUCUAUUCUCGACCGUCGUCUUCGGUGUCGUCAAGUUCGUGGCUGCCAUCAUCUGCGCUCUCUUCUUGGUCGAUAUGGCUGGUCGUAAACGCUCUCUCGUGAUUGGAAUUGUUCUCCAAAGUAUUGCGAUGUUCUACAUUGCCGUCUUCCUCAACCUGGUACCCAUUGCCGAGAAUCCCGGCUUUAAGCCAGAUGCAGGGCAAGGCCGUGCAUCCACCGCCGCUAUUGCCUUUAUCUAUAUUUCCGGUGUCGGCUGGGCCUUGGGCUGGAACAGCGGACAAUAUCUGUUGUCCUCGGAGCUGUUCCCUCUCCGAAUUCGUGGUAUCUGUUCAUCCAUCACCAUGGCCAUGCACUUUAUUUGCCAGUAUGCCGUCAACCGCGCCCUGCCUGAGAUGCUGCUUGAGGGUGGCCUUGGCCCUCAUGGAACCUUUUACUUCUUUGGUGUCGUUUCCGUUCUCGGUGGUAUCUGGGUUUGGCUCUUUGUGCCCGAGGCCGCCGGUCGCAGUCUCGAGACUAUCGAUAAGAUGUUCGACCUUCCCUGGUACAAGAUUGGUCUUUACGGAAGAAAGUUCGCUGAGGAGUAUGAUCGUGAGCAGGAGCGGAUAUAUAGCGAUGAGAAGAAGGAUGGAGGCGUUGUUGUCUCUCACACUGAGACUGCCUAG